AUGACCAAGAGAUUGAUCUGCCUCCACAUCUGCGCAAGAAUCCAUUCCUGCCUGCCUUCCUACCGACACCUAGCAAUUUGACGUUUAAUCGAGGAGAAGAGGCAAUUUUGCAGUGCGCCAUAGAGAACAGGGGAACCAGAACGGUUGUUUGGAGACGGUCGUCAGACCCUAAUCCCCUUACCAUAGGGGAAGACACAUACGUCAAUGACCGGAGGUUCAGAGUGGUACACACCAAACACUCCUUGGAGUGGAACCUGCACAUACAGAACGCACAUCCAGACGACAGUGGCAUGUACGAGUGCCAAGUGUCCACCAAACGGCAGCAGAUACGACAGAACAUCUUCCUGACAGUGGAAGGUAAGGAAAGUCGUUUGUUCUACUGA